ACGGCGUGCAAGAUGUCCUCCAAGGCUGUGAGUAGUUGAUGCACGAGGCGGUCGUUCGAACAGCCGUGGAGUGAACUGAACUCAUGGUGGUCAAAACGCACCCAGGAUGGUGUUGUGUUGCCCACCUUGCGGCUCGUCAACGAACGACCCGCCUCCGGUCGGCCCGCCAGCCGCAAGUCGGCCCCCGGCCGCAACGUCGCGGCGGUGCUCGCCCAGCCUCAAACCAAGUCCGACACGCGAAUGCGAUGCUCUCACCCUUCGGUCAGGUGGAAGCAGCGCCGCUGAUUCCUGGAACCUGCCCAGGGCUCGCCACGGCGGGGCUGUGGCGCUCACAGCCCCGCAGAGCACUGCGGAUAAGGAACAAUGGGCAGGGGUGCCCGCGCCGAAAGGCUUGGCAUCGAGUCGGUCACCCGACGCUGGACUUUGUUUAAUUAAGUCGUGUGCUCGGGUGAGGAUCUUGUUGUUGAUGUGCUCGACAACAUCAUGUACGGCGGACCUGGAUACGGACAACCUCAGCAACCACAAGGUUGGGGACAGGCGCCGCCUGUGCCGCCUGGACGGCCGGACGCGUUCCAUCAGCAGCAAGGAUACGCGGCGCCGCAACAGCAGUACCCACCACAACAACAACAACAACAAUACCAUCAGCAGUACCCCCAGCACCAUCAGCAGCCAUAUCAGCAGCCAUAUCCUCAGCAAGGAGGCCACCAGCCGUACCAGCAACCGUACCAGCAUGGGGGAUACCAGCAGCCCCCACCUGCUCAGGGGUACGCGCCUCCUCCACAACAUCACGCGCCGACGCAUCCUCAGCAACACUUCACCGCGCCCCCAGCCCAGUUCUCUGCACCCCCACAACAGCUCCGCCUCCCGCACGCCUUCACACUGCCCACGCUCGCGCACGUGCACCCCCCAGUGGGGCAUUACGAGCGCUUCAUCGCCAAGACGAGCACGACACUGUGCUUCAAGGACGACAUGGUGACCAAGCAUAUUAACGAUCUGACCGUGCGCGACGCGUACGGGGAUGUGUUCUUCCAGCUCCCUUCGCGUGGGAAUACCGGGUUCAUCAACGGCAAGCCGAAUGAUCGCCUGACCGACGCCCAUGGCGCCAUCAUCUUCCGCAUCGACAACAAGGAACAGCUGCACAAGAAGCAGUAUGUCGGCAGUGAUCCGAACGGCGUGGAGGUGUUCCGCGCCGCGACGGUGCCAGUGGCCAUCAAGGGCCCGAGGUACAAGGUCACCUUCACCAACAAGUUUACCGGCCAAAAGUCGAGCAUCACCGUCGACGGCAAGAUCGGGGACACGUGGAAGGACCAGCGGUGCGACUUCCUCCUGCCAGACAAGACGGUCAUCGCGACGCUCCUCCGCAAGGGCAGCGGCGCGAAGCGGCUCGUGGAGGAGGUCGGCGACUGGACGACCAACCACGACGCGACGUACAGCGUGACCGUCGCGCCGGGUGUCGACCUGGCCUUCAUGGCCGCGGUGAGCAUCGCGCUCAACCAGAUUCGCAAAGAGAGGCGGGCAUGGGGCUCGUGGGCGAGGGCUUGGGGCUGUUAUAGGCGACUUGACUUCUCAUGCUACAUUGUACUAGUACACAACUACUACUCGUGGCGCAGACGCACCAUCAGCGGCAUCUGCGGCCCGACCUCCUCCUCGCCUUCGACGGCGGGCCGUUGCACGAACAGCCACUUGCGGCGGAUUUUCGGCUUGGACGGCAGCAUCUCGAAGCGGUAG